AUAGUUAUGCGGAAGUAGAUUGUCGUCAUUUCCUGUAGGUUCUCUGGAUGCACUGAGUUGUAUUUCCAACCGCUUCUUGUGAAGGGGAAGGGAAGAUGUCAGGUGCUGGGGGAGGAAAACGUCCCUCGGGUGGGGACAGCCCCCCUGGCCCACCUGAGAAGAAAAGCAAAAAAGAGGAAAAAACCACCACGACCCUCAUUGAGCCAAUACGCAUAGCUGGGGUCUCCUCCACGGAGGAAAUGGACAUGAAGGUCCUCCAGUUCAAGAAUAAGAAGCUGUGUGAGCGCUUGGAGCAGAGACAGACCAUGGAGGAUGAGUUACGAGAAAAAAUUGAGAAGCUGGAGAAGAGACAAGCAACAGAUGACACCACCCUGCUUAUUGUCAACCGCUACUGGUCGCAGUUGGACCAGAAUGUUCACGUUCUACGCAAACGCAUUGAGCCGGAUCCUCCUGUGACAUCCAUCCCUGCCCCACCUGCGCCCCCACUGCCUGAAUCCACACCAAUCGAGGAAGAUGGACUGAGCCUGGCCACGCCAGCUUUUGGUGUGCCCCCACCCCCCCUGCCAGAGGGCCACUAUGAAGGGGACCAAGCAGAGGAGCGUCAGGAAGAGAAGAAGCAGCCCCCUCUUCCUACUGGCUCAGAAGAGUUGUUGACACCCACAGACUCGCCACACGACUCAUCAGCAGAUGCGUUGCUACCCGCCGCUCCACUCAGUGAGAAUGCCAAAGGCUUCCUGGCUACACUGGAGCACAGCAGCGAGGAGGAGCUCACCCUCCGCUUACAAGACCGCAUGCAGUUCAGCAAGGAAGCCAUCGCCUGCUUGGUCUGUGUCUUUGACCGGCUGCACAGCCGCAUCGACAACAUGUGCAAGCAGGUCCAGGCUGCAGCGUUUGAGGACGAUAGUCAGUCUGACAUCGUCCAUGUGAACCACACUCUGCUGGACGAGAACACUCGACUGCGAGACCUGGCCACUCUGCUGCAGGGUCGACACCACAAGAUGUCCAUGGAGUACAAUGAGUUGGUGGACAAGGUGACCAGCUCCGAGACCAAAGUGUCCGAGAUGGAAACGACCGUGGAGGACUUGCAGUGGGACAUCGAGAAACUCCGCAACAGGGAACAGAAGCUCAACAAACAUCUGGCCGAAGCCAUGGAGCAGCUCAAGUCUGGAUACAGCAGCAGCGGCAGCUCAGGAGGACUUCCUGGAGGCCAGAUUACACUGAACAUCCAGAAGUUUGAGAGUCUCAACGCCGAACUGGAGCAUAACCAAGAGUUGGCUAAUAGCCGCAUGGCCGAGUUGGAGAAGCUGCAGGUGGAGCUGCAGGAGGCAGUAAGAGAGAGUGAGAAGCUCAAGAUGGACUUGCGGAAUAUUCCAGAGGAGGUUGUGAAGGAGACUCUGGAGUACAAAUGUCUCCAGUCCCAGUUCUCGCUUUUGUACAAUGAGUCUCUCGGGGUGAAAACCCAGCUGGAUGAGGCACGGGCCCUGCUGCUCACUGCCAAGAACGCCCACCUCCGACAGAUUGAGCACAUGGAGAGUGAUGAGCUGUCCCUUCAGAAGAAGCUGCGGACGGAGGUGAUCCAGCUGGAGGACACGCUGGCCCAGGUGCGCAAAGAGUACGAGAUGCUGCGCAUCGAGUUUGAGCAGAACCUGGCAGCCAACGAGCAAGCAGGACCAAUCAACAGAGAGAUGCGACACUUGAUCAGCAGCCUUCAGAACCACAACUUGCAGUUGAAAGGCGACGUGCAGCGCUAUAAAAGGAAGCUGCGGGAAACACAGAUGGAGAUCAACAAGCAGUUGCGCUAUCAAAGCGGCGACGCGGGCGUUCUGACUAUAGAAGAGACGACGAGCGACAGCAUCGAAGUGAAGAAAGAAGAAGAGGAGGACCAGGAGGAGGAGGAGGAGAGGAGGAAAGAACUGGAGCGACAACGUGCUCGGGAGAGAGAGCGAGAGCGAGAGACUGAGCGGGAACGCGAGAGGGAGCGCGAGAGAGAGCGGCAGCGCGGCGACGAGCUGAAGAGAAAAGACUCCGACACGCUGAAGAUGCUGCGAGUGGAGCUGAAGAAAGCUCAGGAGUCCCAGAAAGAGAUGAAGCUCUUGUUAGACAUGUAUAAGUCGGCUCCGAAGGAGCAGAGGGACAAAGUGCAGCUCAUGGCAGCUGAACGCAAAUCUAAAGCCGAGGUGGACGAGCUGAGGAUGCGAGUGCGCGAGCUGGAGGAGAGGGAGAGGAAGGAAAGCAAGAAGCUGGCGGAUGAAGAUGCCCUCAGGAAGAUCAGAGUGGCAGAAGAGACCAUCGAGCAUCUGCAAAAGAAGCUGGCUGCAACAAAGCAGGAGGAGGAAGCCCUGCUCAGCGAGAUGGAUGUGACGGGCCAGGCCUUCGAGGACAUGCAGGAGCAGAACAGCCGCUUGUUGCAGCAGCUCCGGGAGAAGGACGACGCCAACUUCAAGCUGAUGAGCGAGCGGAUCAAAUCCAACCAGAUCUACAAGCUGCUGAAGGAGGAGAAGGAGGAGUUGGCCGACCAAGUGCUCACAUUCAAAACCCAGGUCGACGCCCAGCUGUUGGUUGUGCAGAAGCUGGAGGAGAAGGAGGGAAUCCUGCAGAGCGCCCUGGCUGCUCUGGAGAAGGAGCUGUCGGUCCGGACGCAAGCUCUGGAACUCAACAAGAGGAAGGCGGUGGAGGCUGCCCAGCUGGCAGAAGACCUGAAGGUGCAGCUGGAGCACACGCAGGCCAAGCUUAAGGAGAUCCAGGUGUCCGUGGCUGAGAACCGCACCGCCCGGGAGCGGGAGAGCAGCAACCUGAAACGAGCGCAGGAGGAUCUGUCCAGGCUGAGACGGAAGCUGGAGAAACAAAAGAAGGUGGAGGUGUACUCUGAUGCCGACGAGAUCCUGCAGGAGGAGAUCAACCAGUACAAGGCCAAGCUGCGCUGCCCCUGCUGCAACACGCGGGACAAGGAGACGGUGCUCACCAAGUGCUUCCACGUCUUCUGCUACGAGUGCCUGAAGAUGCGCUACGACACCCGGCAGAGGAAGUGCCCCAAGUGCAACUGUGCCUUCGGCGCCAACGACUUUCACCGCAUCUACAUCACCUAGUUCGCCGAGAGGCGGAAGGUGGAGAAAAGAGAGCCGGCGGGCGGAACCAAAGGAGAGAAACUAACCAGCCAGAGGAGCUGAAGACUUGUUCAAAGGGGCUGAUGCGAUGUGGUUCCCUGGUUAAUCUCUUUGGAAAGACUUGUUUUUACAGCAUCGUUGCUCAUUUGGUGACCAAACCGAUAGUGACACAUCCGACUGAAAGUGUUGUGCUAUAGUUAAUAAACAGUUGUUUGUGCACACAGUGA